AACAUACACCAUACACUGUACACCUCGGGGUAGAAGGAAAACUUACAUUCGCGGCUCAAAAUUCGAGCCUCAUAAUAAAUGAAUGACGUCGACUAUUCACAAAUUCCAACUCAUCAUGACCAAACCAAACACCUACACGAAUCCCAUUCUCCCAGGCAAUCAUCCCGACCCAUCCAUCAUUCGCUCUGGCAAAAACUACUUCCUCAUCACAUCUUCCUUUGAAUAUUUCCCUGGAAUCCCUAUAUAUCAUAGCACGGAUCUGAUAUCAUGGAAACUCAUCUCGCAUGCGCUAACCCGUCGAUCUCAGCUCGAUAUUCGGACGCCUGAACCGGGAGGUGGGAUAUGGGCUCCUACUAUUAGAGAGCAUGAUGGAUGGUUUUACAUUACUGCUGCGUGCUUUGAUAGGUAUAGGCCACAGGAAGAUCAGAGGAUUUGGCCUCGAGGAUUUUAUGUGAAGUGUAAGGCUGAGGAUGUUUUUGGUGGUGAAUGGAGUGAGCCGGUUUGGUUUGAUGAAGUGGGGUUUGAUCAGGAUGUGAGUGAUUGUUGGUUUGGUGAUUCCAUACCUACGUCUAAGCACAAAACUAUGUAAUAAUUUGGAAGCUUACAAUAAGACCAGCUAUUUUUUGGCGAUGAUGGAAAAGUUUAUCUAUCAACCACCCGUCGCAAGCAUGAGCGUACAACUACAGAAUCUCUCAAGGACUUCGCUAUUCACAUUACCACUAUUGAUCUUUCAACAGGAGCUUCUACAUCUGUACCCCAAGUAAUUCGCUCCUCACCAUCUGGAAUUGCAGAAGGAUCCCAUAUCUUCAAGCGAGGAAAAUUUUACUAUCUCUUCACUGCAGAAGGCGGAACGGAGUCCGGUCAUUGUGAAUGGGUAUCAAGAUCUUCGACUGGUCCCUUAGGGCCAUGGGAAACCAUAGAUGCUCCAUUAUGGAAAAUUGGAGUUGAAGGUGAUGAGGUGGUUAAUACUGGUCAUAUAGAUAUUGUUGAAGAUGAAAAAGGAAAUUGGUGGGCAGUUAUGCUUGCAUGUCGGCCUAUAAAAUUGGAUGAUGGAUUCAAGACUUUUGCAAGCAUGCCAGGCGAUUAUGAUAAAGUACCUGGUGGUUGGAAAUCUUCUAUUUUUGGUAAGUUGAAGAUAACAGUGCCAAGAAGCAUGAUAACUAACGUGAAAUUCAGGGAGAGAAACCUUUCUUGUCCCUGUGACCUGGGAGGAUGACUGGCCCAUUGUCAAUGAUGGCAAAAAGAUUACUCUCCAAGGCGAAGGCCCAGGAUUAUACCAAUUAAAGCAACCUACUAAGUGGCGCGACGACUUUACAAGUCCAGAGUUACAACUUGGCUGGUAUCGAAAGAGUAAGCCUACCACAACAUCAACAGCGAAUUCAGGACGCAAAAAUCAGCUCAUUUACUAAUGAUUUAAUCCUUCGUAUAGACACACCUCAAAAACAAGACUUCCAAAUAACCACCCAUCCCCCAAGUCUCCGUCUACACGGUAAUCCCUACACACUCACCAGCCCAGCCAGUCCAACCCUAUUCCUCCGCAAACAAACAUCCCGCACAGGAGUCUGGUCCACCCGUCUAACCUUCAACCCCACAACCCCCCAAAUGGAAGCCGGCACCGUAGUAUACUGGAACCACCACACCCACGCCAGCAUUUCCAUCCACGGAAACCACUGGGCCAACUCCACCAAAAGAACCAUCCAAUUCCAUCUCCUCAUCAACGGUAAGGAUAAUUGGACUGUCAUCGGAGCAUUACAAAAAGAUGAUGAUGAUGUAAUACUCUAUAUCUGGUGUAGAGACAACGGUUAUAUAUUCGGUUACAGACCCUGCGAAGAAGAGGAUGAAAAAGCUAUUAGAUGGUUAGGAGAAACAACAAUCGAUGAAAUAACAACUGAUCCUCUAAUCGGAGCCCCGUUUACGGGUAUGAUGCUCGGUGUUUAUGCAACUGGAAAUGGGGAUUCAGGGACCACACCCGCGGAUUUUAAGUAUGUGGAAUUCGAUACCGAGAUGGUACCUGAUCCGAUUGUGGAUCAACAGUUUACUUGUUGUGGAUAAUCAUGAUUCAGUGGUUGAGGUUGAGGCUGAGAUUGAGAUGUUUGAGUUUUCUGAUGUUUUAACCUUUAGAAUGAGUGCUGGCUGGAUUUACCUACCUAGGUAGAGAUAAAAUAGAUUAUAAUUGAUGUCUAGCUAGAAAGAUCUAAAUAGAAGAAGAAUAUUUUUUUGUA